CCGUGUGGGUCGUCACUCGUUGCCAGUUCAGUAAUCUCUCCACCAUUUUUUGUUUUAAUUUCAGAUAAUAUUAAUUAAUUAAUUAAUAAUAAUAAAUAUAUAUAAAUUAAUUAAUUUCUGUUCUUUUUCUUCUUCUUCACUUUCUUUCUCUGUAAUAAAGAAAGUGGUUUUUUGGGAGUGAAGAGAGGCCAAGUGUGAGAGAUCUCUCUCGUUGCCUAAUCGAUAAUGGCGAACCACAGAUUUGGUGGUGGCCGAACCUUUACCUUCUCCUUCAGAGCAUUCUCCUCUGCUAUUGCAGCUGCCGUCUUCUUCUUUUUCUGCUUUUCUUUCUUCUUCGCUUCUCACUCAGACUCCUCCGAUCCCAUCACCUUCGGUUUUAGUUCUGGUUCUUAUGGGGUUGAAUCUACAAGAAGGUCGAUGCUGGCUCUUAAAUCAGACCCUCUCAAGCCUCGGCUUGACCAGAUCCGUAAACAAGCCGAAGAUCACAAAUCCCUGGCGCUCACUUAUGCAGUCUUUGCGCGGAAGCUCAAACUUGAAAACUCUAAGCUUGUUAGGAUCUUUGCUGAACUCUCACAGAGCUACAAUGAUCUUCUUACGAAACCCGCCUAUCAAGCUCUGGUGGCUUCAGAUGCUCUCUCCAUUGAUGAGUCGGUGCUGCGCCAAUUUGAAAAGGAGGUGAAAGAACGAAUCAAAGUCACCAGACAGGUGAUUUCCGAAGCCAAAGAAUCUUUUGAUAACCAGCUCAAGAUUCAGAAGCUUAAGGAUACGAUUUUCCAAGUGAAUGAGAUGUUGUCAAAGGCUAAGAAGCAAGGAGCGUUCUCUAGUUUAAUUGCGGCCAAAUCUAUUCCCAAAAGCUUGCAUUGCGUUGCAAUGCGAUUGAUGGAGGAGCGGAUUGCUCAUCCUGAAAAGUAUUCAGAUGAAGGGAAGCCAAAGGCUCCAGAACUUGAGGAUCCAAAUCUGUAUCACUAUGCUAUAUUUUCCGAUAAUGUGGUUGCUGCCUCGGUGGUGGUUAAUUCGGCAGUAAAGAAUGCAAAGGAGCCAUGGAAGCAUGUGUUCCAUGUUGUCACUGAUAAGAUGAACCUUGGAGCAAUGCAAGUUAUGUUCAAAUUAAAGGAUUAUAAAGGGUCACAUAUUGAGGUGAAAGCUGUUGAAGAUUACGAAUUCUUGAAUUCUUCUUAUGUACCUGUCCUUAGGCAACUAGAAUCUGCGAAUUUACAGAAGUUUUAUUUCGAGAAUAAGCUCGAGAAUGCUACUAAAGACACAACCAAUAUGAAGUUUAGAAACCCGAAAUAUCUCUCCAUAUUAAACCAUCUGAGGUUUUACUUGCCAGAGAUGUACCCAAAAUUGCAUAGAAUUCUGUUUUUGGAUGAUGAUAUUGUAGUUCAAAAGGACUUGACAGGGUUAUGGAAAAUCGAUAUGGAUGGUAAGGUGAACGGGGCAGUCGAAACUUGUUUUGGGUCGUUCCAUCGAUACGCACAAUACAUGAAUUUCUCACACCCUUUGAUUAAGGAAAAGUUUAAUCCAAAGGCCUGUGCUUGGGCUUAUGGAAUGAACUUCUUCGAUUUGGAUGCGUGGAGAAGGGAAAAGUGCACAGAAGAGUAUCACUACUGGCAAAAUCUGAAUGAGAACCGUACCUUGUGGAAGUUGGGAACAUUACCACCAGGUCUUAUCACAUUCUACUCUACCACAAAGCCAUUAGACAAGUCAUGGCAUGUUCUGGGACUGGGCUACAAUCCAAGCAUUAGCAUGGAGGAGAUCACCAACGCAGCAGUGGUUCACUUCAAUGGGAAUAUGAAACCCUGGCUUGACAUUGCUAUGAACCAGUUUAAGCCACUUUGGACAAAGUAUGUGGACUACGAAUUGGACUUUGUCCAAGCAUGCAAUUUCGGCAUCUAAACAAGUAGAGAGUCCAUACUUGAAUGAAAAAGAUCUUUGCUAGUACUACAAUCCAAUCCAGCAGUCCCCACAGCUAAUCUAAUAUUUUCAUGGGGUUCCAUAGCUAGUGCUUAGUCAUAUUAUAUUAGUGAACCUUUGUUAUCCCAUAUAAUAGAGGAAAAUUUGCAUCAAUCCAAGUGUAGCAUAUUUCUUUCAUCAUAUUAAAUAUUAUUUUAGGGUUUUUCUUUUUUUCCUUUCAAAAUGUCUAUAGGAGUAUAAUAAAUUUGCAGUUGUUAAAUUAUUUAUUGGGAGUAGUUUGCCUAAGGCAAUUAUGAGUAAUUUUGCUGUUUGUUCUGUCUAAA